UGACCCAAAUUCAUUACUACAUACAUCGCAGCCAUAAAUCAAAUUCAUAAUUCACAAAUUACACAAAUAAAUUACCAUUUGAGUUUAUAACCCAAAAUUUAGGUUUAGAAAAGUAGCACACAGUUAUUACUCAUUAGGGUAUAGAGAACAAUACAAUGCUCCAAAAUUUAUUGAAUUCAAGAUUUAGAUAGUAUUUUUUAUGCACCUACCUCAUUAUGAACCGUAAUUUUGAUUUGGCGAUUCAAAUUCUUUAAUCAUAAUACAAUGAACAAAUAAUUAAAUUAGUUGAAUAUAUAAGAGGAUGAAUUGAAUUGGAUUGAUCGUUUGGAUUGUAAAUUGCAAACUCUAAACAUGGGUUAAUCUUAAUAGUUGAUAUUCGUUUAUAGACCAUUUAUGAUGUAUUGAUUGACGGAUUUCUUUUUAAUGGGCUUGAAUGAAAAGUGGCCCAAGUAGCAAAUUAAGAAGGCCAUGCCCAUACUCUGUAUAGCAAUAAGUAGAGGAAGCACCGGAUCGGAAUGGAAUGGCAGAAAAAUUAUUGGUCCAAAAAGACCAGAACGGCCUUCCAUGGAUUGCGCAGGGAGCUCCAUUUUUUCAAUUAUGUAUUUUCUCGCGUGGAACAUGCAUAUAGUGUUGGGAGGAUGCAGAACCCCAAGAUGCAACUUUUUUCAAGCAGUCGCUCCACUCAUAAUAUAAUAAUACAAUCUUUCUUUACCUGAUGGAUGACAAUAAUACAAUCUUCCAAUACAAACCUUGUUCUUCCUCAUCUGCCAUCUUUUCAACUUUCGAUUCCGAAAGAAAUAUUGAGAAAAAUCCACAAAGUUAUAUUUGAGCAUUAAUUUUCAUCCAUGCCAAUAGCAUUGAUGUUUCAUUAUUUUCAAUAGCUUUUUCAAUUUGUUCGUUCUCCCUUGUCACCACUUUGUUCUCCUCAGCCAAAUGACAUGACAUAAGCAACACAGAAUGUGAAUUACAACUAACCAGCAUACCUCAUUCGAUGCGGUUUACUAACAGUUUAGAAAUAUCAUUUUCCUCAUUUGGUGUUAUCCAUUGCCACUUUGUUUAGAUGCCAAAGUCUUCAUUGCUCUGUCAUCUGAUUUGUUGAUAUAUUUGAAACAUUGCCACUUUGUUUCGCUACUUGAAACAUUCAAUAAUAAAUUAAUAUAAAUUUACUGAAAUAACAAAGUAAUUAAAAAUUAAAAUUCUUCUAAUUUUAUUUUAGUUUCAUUAAUUUAAGUUUCCAAAUUCCAUUUUCCGUUUUUUACUCUUUUCGUUUCAUUCCAAUUUAAUCUUUCAUGUUUACGUGAAUUAACAUUAAUGUAAAGGAUAUUUGUAGUUAUAAAACAUUCGUGUACUAUUUUUAUUUUCAUAAAUAUUUUUAAAUCUAAAUAUUUUAUUAUUUUUAUACCAGGUAGCAUCCACGUCAUCAAUAUUGGGUAACUGAGCAGUGACAUGGCGGGUUGAUCGUUUUAGUUAACGGUUUUGACCGUCGAACGUAACAAUCAGUUUUGACCAUCCAACUUGACGAUCGGUUUUUGACCGUCCAACUUGACAAUCAGCUCUCAGAAUUGGCCAAUUUGAUAAAAUUUAAAGAUAAUGUUAUUGAUUGAAAAUAUUGUACACUUAAAUUUCACAUCCGGUAGAAAACAAUAAAGUAAAUAACAACGUUUGUAGUCUUGCUUAAUUUUAUAACAAUAAGCCCACAUAAAUUAAGGCCCUUUUCAUUCCCUCAUUCUGUCCCUACUUUAUUGCUACGUAAGGCCCAUGUGUGAGUUAAAAUGAUGUUUACCUAAAUGACCCUCCGUUCUCUGCGCAGAAUGCAGGAAAUUUUGAUUUAAUAGGAUUAUGGAGGAGAACCUCCAUAUAAGUAUGGUUUAGAUAGAUUAGAUUCGGAGACUAAAGGUCUCAUCCGAAAAGCAUUAAGUAGUAAGCUUUCCAAAUCCAUACUAGAUUCGGCUGUCACUUAUGUAUAUAUUAGUACGAGUUUCAAAUCGCUUUCUCCUUCACCGGCAGCGUGCUAAUCUUCGUAUCAAUCCUGUAGUUCAACCGCCGUCAUGGCGACCGAGAACUGCACAUCUUACCCAGAUUUGGAUACGGAGCUAAGAUUAGGUCUUCUCCCUUGCGUGUCAAGGAAACGGCGGAUCGACGACUGGAGUUCUACCGCCGCCAUGGCGGUCGAGAACUGCACAUCCGACCCAGAUUUGGAUCUGGAGCUAAGAUUAGGUCUUCUCCCUUGCGCGCCCAGUAAACGACGGCGGGUCGAUGACUCGGAAGAAGUAAACCCUCCUUCUCCGAUCGGCAAUCUCGGUGACGAUCUCCUAGCAGAAGUUCUGAUUCGCCUUCCGGAACCCAGAUCCGCCUGGCAAUGCAAAGCAGUCUGCAAGCGAUGGAAUUCUCUGAUUUUCAAUCCCCACUUCGCUCGCCGUUUCAUUUCUCACCACCAGAGCAGAUGGAAUCGAUACGGCGGCGACGGUGGCGAAUGCGAAGAACCAGCUUUGAUGACCUCAUGCUUCGGCGAAUCCAUCUUGAGCUUCCUCCCCCUGCCCGAUGAAUUAGGAUGUUACGGAAGAUUUAAUUUCCUAGUUUUUUAUUCUUACAAGGACUUGGUUUUGUGCGGAUUUCGUACCGAAUUUCAGAGAUCUCUCUUCAUCUGCAACCCGUUCACGGAGCAGUGGAUCGCUCUUCCUCUAGCGCCAGAAACGCGGCGGUCUUCUACAAUUGGAUUAAGGGAGACAAGGUUAGUUUGUGAACCCAGCUCUAAUGUUGAACUUGAUAUAGGAGAAGGCCAACCACCAUUUGUUUAUUCCUCUGCAUACCGGUUCCGGGUGGUGUGUAUUUACCAUUUGCGCGAUUCUAUAAGGAUAGACUUGUUUUGUUCCGAGUCUGGUGAGUGGACGAAGGAGGCUCUUGUUCUUAAUGGGCAUUUCAGUUUGGCUAAUGUUAAUGUAGUUUCUACAUCCUGCAACGGUGGGUUGUUUUGGUUGUGUAUGAAUUCCGGAGUUUUGGGGUCUCAUCCAAUAAUUGCUGGGUUUAAUCCCUUUCGUCUUGAUGUACCUCCCAUCCGACUUGAUACUUCUCGACUCGCCAAGGGAAGCUGGAAUAUUUCGGUCUCACAGGGUGCUCUACACCUAAUAUCACUUGCUCCACCUACACUUUUGAGUGUUUGGAGACUGGAAGAAGACCGUAAAUCUUGGAGUAUGCAACAUAAAACUGUGUUGGGGAAGACAAUCAAAAUUUUCGACUAUGAACUUGAGGACUGUGAUGUAGCUUGUUUGCACCCAGAGAAGCCGCAUAUUGUCUUCUUCAAACAUCCUGGUUUUGGUGAUCGUCGGAGUGUUGCACUGUCCUACGAUAUGAAGACUGCAGAGCUAGGGUUGUUUGGUGAGUUUGUUCCCAGAUUCCAGCCUAGGGUUUCUUGCUGGCCUACCCCGAUUCCAAGGUACGAGGAACUGCGAGCUAUAUACGAUGGGCGAUAUAGCUGUUGGGUUCAACAGAGCAGCAGCAAAGCAGCAACUCUCUCCCUGAACAAUCAGUAAUAAUCUAUCUUUUCUGCAUUUGCUUGCAUCUGUGUUCGGGUUUAGGAAUUCGCUAAUCGAGAGCCCGAAAGAAGCUUAUCCUAGAAAACAACAUGUCAGCAACCACAUCAAGAACUCUAUUCCCUCCUAAAUCGGUAGGAUGAAAAAGGAAGUUGUCUUUUGUUGAGUAGCACAAACACAUACUUUGCAUACCUGUCUCUGCUUCCUUUCUAAUCGCUUGAGAAGUCUGAUGUGUUUGCAAACCUCUGCUCUUCUUGUUGCUAAUUUUACUUUUCAUUCCAUUUAUGCAGUGUCUGGAUUGUCAAAGAGAGAAUUAUGCAGUGGCUGGAUUGUCAGAAGAAGAAUCUAUGCAGUGGCUGGUUUAAUUACUAGACCCCUCCCUCCCUAGCGUGUCUUGUUAGGAAGCAGAAGGCGGUGAAGCUUGAAAGGCUAGCUCGUGUUGUUCAGAAGGAUGGCGCCAUUGGAUGAAAAUUCAUCUGCAAUUAGUCUUGCCUUGUUGGAAUGCAUGUGAUCAAUCUUAUUCAAGAUGACCAGAAAGCAAGAGUGUCCAGUGUUCUUAACUUUCCCUGUACUAUUAUUGCCUGCGCCAUGGUUUUAGGCGCUGCAACUUGUUUAUGUA